CAAUUUCAUAUUAUGUCAUGACCGGCCUAUCUUCCUCCGAUGUCAGCCCCCAAACAACCCACGUUGACCACUUUUCCUAAAGGCUUACUGUCGACCUGAAGCUUUCUCAGAGCCUGGCGCCCAGUAGGACACCAACGAAUGAAAAACAUCCGAUGUCAAAGGCCAAUUGCUUAGGUCGUUACAGUGGUGGUUAAGUGGUAACCUCGGGUCAUCCCUCCAAAUAAUAGGCGGAUGGCGGUUGGUUGGAGGCAGGAAACAUUCCGAGAUAGAUAAGGGACUUGGAAGCUGGGAUUUCAGGAGGAUUAGGGAACGUUCGUUUCAGUGACACAUUAAUUAGUGUCCAAAUAUUAAAAUGAUGUGUAGGCCUUGGCCAAACGGCCAACUGCGGGAUUAUGAGUGUCAAUUUCGCUCCUGAAAAGCUGGUGAGGACACAACACGAGGAGGGUCGACGUACAAGCAAUGGUCCUGUAGUUCAGUUGACUAGUGAACACAGCCAAAGCGUAAAACGUACUUUUAGCAAAAAACAUUGGCUGCAAUGAUCUGGAAUAUUUGACACAAAGUUUGCAAGGAGAGCCAAGUUUCUAUCCUGGAGUUAAAAAAACACCCGGAGCAGGAACACAAGCUAUAUACUUGCCGAAGUAAACGAACCUCCCCUCGGCCUCCCCUCCUGUAACCUGGCACUGCAGCGAGGACGUCUGACUUCCCGUGUUGAUCUCAUCGUCAGGAAGGGGAUAUCAACAAUCCUGCUGCAGAAUAAAGCAAAAACACGAGAUAACCAAGUCUGAAGCACCAUGGAGGAGACAGGUUUCGUCCUCGGCUUACUGGUGGCCCUGGUGGGUGUCCGAGUCCGCGCUCAAAUAGAAGAAUGCUACACCAGGGCGGAUGACCGUGUGGUGUAUGAGGGCAGAGUGAACGUGUCUGAGUUCGGGGACCCGUGUCUGCACUGGAGCGCCACUGGCGGAGAGCCGCUGCACAACUACUGCCGGGCCCCGCGGGUAGGGGACCUCAAGCCCUGGUGUUACGUACUGGUCGGGGGGAAAUCACUGGUGGAGGCACAGUGUGACGUCCAACACUGCACAGAAUGUUACACUCUGACGGGAAGUGACUACAGAGGAAACCAGUCGGAGCCGUACUCCGCGGGCGUGAGAACAGCGUGCAUGUCCUGGGCUGAUACCGGCGGCGGGAAACAGGUGUCCACCGCCAGAUAUCCUGGAGGAGCACAGGGCAUCGGAGAACACAGCUACUGCAGGAACCCAGAUGGUCGGUCCACUCCGUGGUGUUACACAGGACAAUCUGCUGGAAAUGCUCUGGGAUGUCACAUCAAGAACUGUAAAGCACCGGGUUAUCUGGGAUGCUACAAUCUACGGUACAACAUGUGGACCAUCAUGCGUCACCAGCCCUUCGCCUCACUCACCAUCCCCUCCUGCCUGGACUUCUGCCGCCGCCAGGGGGUGCAGUACGGCGGGGUCAGCCAGGGCACCCAGUGCUACUGCAUCGUGGGGCCGAAGAACGCCCAGCGGAUCCUGCGGGAAGUGAACGACUGCGGCACGCCCUGCAGCGGAGACAACAGGCAGUUCUGCGGAGGACAAAGCAGCAUGGCGCUGUUCGAUGUGAAGAUGGGACGGUGUGGCGGGUACCUGUACAGCACGCGGGGAACUGUCUACUCACCCAACUGGCCCGACCCGUUUCCCACAUCAAACACCUGUUCUUGGACCGUCACUGUUCCAGAGGACAAAUUUGUCAGACUCCGCUUCAAGUACUACGACAUCCCGGAUAAAAACGACUACGUCUCCGUCUGGAACAACGAAACAGACUCCGGGGUGGUUCUAAAACCGCAGGACAUGAAGGAUGGGUAUGUGGUGGAGUCCAACACCGCGCAUCUUUACUUCUCGUCCGAUCCACACGGCAGCGGAGGUGGAUUCUCUCUGCUGUAUGAAGCGGUAAAGCAGUGUACUGAACCGAACAUUCCUCACGGUAUGACGAGUGCAACCUUCUUCCUGCCGGGCCACAAGGCGUCCUUCCGCUGUCGGUAUGGCUUCACCAGGGUCGGGCCCAGAACAGCCACGUGUCAGGAUAACGGCGAGUUCGACCAACUCCCCAAGUGCGUGCCCAACAAGGGCACCGUGGUCACUACUAUAGGGCCAAAGAGAACAGAUGCAGCGACCGCGACAGACAGAAACAGCCGGAGAACUAAAACUACAGACCCUACAGCGAUGCCCGUAGGUCCCUCUGACAGAUACGGAAGGACGUUCAGCACCGAGGACAGCCAUGACACCGCUGGCGGACUGCCGACGCCGGUUGCCGAGGCCGAUCCAGGGACUUCAGACAGGCAAUCCUCCCACGUCAAAUUUAGCUAUGUUCUUGUCCUGAUCGUGGCCCUCAGCAUAGCUGUGCUCCUUAUUGUGGUGCUGCUCGUCUUGGUUCUUAUACUCUGCAAACAGAAGAAAGAGCGAGAGGGGAAUUGUGGGGAUGAGCGUCGCAAUGGCGAGCUUGUGGUGUACGAGACGGUUCCCAUGACUCCUACAAAAAGUCACUUUUACAUACCUUCCAGUCCCGAGGCGAACCCGACAUCAAACGGCCACACGACGUUCCACCCGCCAAAACGCGAGAACAUCUACGACUCCGUGCCAGAGGUACAGUACGCCACGGUCAACAAGCGAAGGCAGAGUGAACAGGACGGGGAUGACAAUGAUAAGCAGGGGAACCAGAAACAUGACCUGAACAAAAACGAGGACGCGGGGAUGGACGACACACACGACUACGCAGAACCGCCUGGCGCUGGCCGGCCGGAGACUAACGAUAAUUGAGAAGACAGACAAUAAAAACACAACACAGUUAACUCAAGCCAUUUAUCCGAUGAACACAAAAAAUCUCUAGGUUAUUCAGAAGCUAUGCUAUGUACCAUUCUACGAUGGAGACCGUGUUUGGAAAUAACGCAUCACAUCCACAGAUUUGAAUGAUGCUAUAGAAACGUAAAGAUACAAGGUGUUGACCACCAUCAAAGAAAUGCAAUGAAUAUCA